AAGCAAUGUGGAGUGCCAGGCCCCUGAGCCACUGCGGAAAGGCAGGCUGUGAAGGGCUCCGUAUCUGUGAGGAAGGGAAGUCUUUGAAAGCUAUCUUUUUAACAGGACGAAUGUGAAAGCCACUGGGAGGGGAAGAAAAAAAAGGCAGCACAAAACUGGCAUUUGAGCAUUGCUUCCUGCCCAUGUCCCUCUAGCUCUUUGCUGACAGUUAUUCUUAGGCCUUCUUUGGCUUCAAAGGUUUCCUCUCUUCUAUUUUUGGUAGCAGAAUAUGGAUUUAGACCUGCGUUACCCCUCUCGACUACUAAUCCGAGCCCCGAAGAGAGUAGGGCUGCUGUUUUCUGUUAGCGAUCAGUUCUCUUUCUUUUCAGCACCUCUAAAUGAUUUUUAAUAUUAAGGACACAGAUUUAUGGGAAGGAGUCAUUGAGUUUUCAAACUGAUUUGUGGUCUCGUAAUUUGCACAUUCCUUUCUCCAGCAGGGGCAUCUCAGAGAUCAUCUCCAGGGGCUUGACUUCCGUGAUGAGUGAGAGAAUCCAGGUUGGUAAAACAGAUGGCCAUCGAAUGAGCAAAAGAGGAACAGACCGAGGGCCUGAUCCUGAAAGACGUCUGACUUCCUUACAAGGAGUGAAAAUUGCACAGGCCUGAGAUUCAGUUAUUGAACUGGACGCACAUCCCAACACAAGGGUUGGCCUGGACAGGAGGCCUGUCGGAUUAUAAAGCAUAGGGCUUUCAGGGAAUCCAGAAGAGGGACUGUUUGGUGCUGCAUAAUGGCAAACAUCCCUGGAUGAGAGAGGGAUCUGAGGCACCAAGGCAACUGAUACUUCUGUUAGUGGUAGGAAGUCUUGUCUGUGAGCGGACGCUCCUGAGAAUCUUGCUUCUGGGAAUCUCAGUUUCAUCAACUGUGGUGAGCUCUCUGGUAAACAGGUGAGAAAUCUUACUGAGCAUCUAUUUACAAAGGACUGUACCAGGGACAGGAGGUACAAGGAAGUAUAGGCACAGUACUGCCGGACAGAAGUUUAUGAUGUGCUUAAGGAGAUACACCAUAUUCUUGUGAAAAGAUAGUAACUCGGGAGUAGCAGGGCAUGUAAAAGCCGUGGAUGACAAGGAAGGUCCUAGAAGUGUCCAGGACCUGGUGGGACCUGGUGGGUGUGGGAAGGAUUGACAAGAAAGAUAGGACUGAAGCGGGGCCUUGGGAAGUAGGAGUAUUUCAGUCACUGGAAAUGUGAAAGGGAGACUUUCCAGGUAGGGGAAUCCAUGCUGUGAGACCUGGCUGAGGAGACGGCUUCUGAGCUUGGGAGGAGAAAAAAGAAUGUCCUGGGAAGUAAGGCUGAGGAUCCCAUAGAUCUAGAGGUCACAGAGAGUUUGCAGUUCAACUUGCUAGACAUGUGUGAUCGGGGAGGGAGGUGAGGAAAGCAGAAUGUCUGGAAGGUGAAGGCAAAGGAGACAGUGGUACCCACUGCAGGAGGACCUCACUGGGUCCAGUCUCAAGGUGGCCAAAGACUUAAGUCUUCAGAGGUUUGUGGACUGCGUAGAGAGCCCUACCGAGCCGCUGUGUGUACACGGAGCCCUCUUCCUCCUUCAGCCCCUGCUCACCAUCUGACGGGCAAGGGCUACCUAAGCUUCUGCUUACGGAGUUUCCCCACAGGCCCAGAGCCAAAGCGAAACAAAGGCAUAUUCUUUUUUUUUUUUUUUUAAAGUUCACUGCUUGACUCUUGGAUUCCCAUUAGUGUCGCCCUGAUUGAUUUGAGGCCUUACUGGACAUUUGGAUAAUUGCUUAUUUUCAUAGCUAACUCAGAAGGUCAUCUUUGAGAUCUGGGAGCAUCUGCUCAACUUGGCAGAUGGUUGAAGAAAGAGCCAUGGAUCUUGGGGUGUGGAGGGGUGUGGAGUCUGCCCUGGUCAGGGAGGGCUCAUCUACUCACUGCCCCGCCCCCCAAGCCCCAGGAGGAAAUGAAUGUGGAAUCCUCUUUCCUGACACUUUCCCCCCCAUUUUCUGACAUCUCAACCUAUGGCCUAUAGUCAGACAGCUUGGGCAUCACCUGGGAGUUAGUUAAAAAUACAGAAUCUGAAGCUCCAGCCUAGACCUCCUGGAUUGGGAUCUGUGAAUUCUGCAAGAUCCUGAGGGAUUCAGCUGCACAUUAGAGUUUGAGAAGUGCUAAGGAUCACCUGAGGAGCUUUUAAAACAUUCCCUGGCAUACUGCCUACCCAAGACAGAUUACGUUAGAAUCUCUAGGGGUAGAGCCCUGACGCCGGUUUUUUUGUUUUUUUUUUUUAAGUUUCUAAAAGAUGAAAACCACUGGUCUGAGUUAGCCACUCUGUUUCCAAGGCACCAAAUUCCCCUCAUGUUGUAAAACAAAACACUGCUAACCUUUUAGUCACAGACCCAGACGGAGUGAAAAUAACGCUAACUAAGCAUUUACCCAGCAGCUGGUUAGGAAACUCCUGGCCAAGAGCGGAAGUAAACCACUGGAGUCACUUGAAAGUGUCAAGACAGUAGCUCGUUAAAAUUCCUAGUCUUCUCUUCUGGCUUUGGAGGGUGGCUCCAUGUAGAACCUGGCAGAUUGGUGCCCCUGCCGGUGAUCUUGAUAUCUAAGGAGACGGUUCCCAGGCCUGUGCCCAGAGGAGCCAUGUCCCCUGUCCAAUGACAGCAGACACACACUGAGGAAUUCAAAGUACUGAUUUUUCAUGCAAAUGCUCACUUUCAGGAAACACAAAGAUUUGAAAGCAGUUUUCCACCAACACUCAGGCUAGGGUAGAUGUCAAAUGUUAAUAACUAUUGUAGUUAUCUCAGUACAUUUUCUUUCCCAUUGGGGCCUUUCAGUUACUUAAUGCCAGGGUGCUGAGAACCUUCACUGGUGAAUUUCAUUGAAUCUCAAGGUAGUCUCUGAUUUCCCUUAGUUUACUCCCCCAAUCCGGCUCUGCUGUAAUAUCAAGGAUCUUCCACCAAUAGAUUCCAAUCUGGAGCCAAUCUUGAUCAAAGCUUGGAGGGUAAUAGCAGCUCUGCUUCUUCUUCCUGGCUUACACCUGGCUCUCAUCGCUGGGAUGGUUGUGGGUCUGAGCAUUGCAGUAGGAGCUUCGGCCUUCCUCCUCAUGCCUUACUUUUUGUCCUCUGGGAACGAGGCUUGAAGUGUAGCCUGCAUAGUCGGAGUCUAUAUGUGUACUCCUUAAUCCUUUCUAGAGAGAUUUUUUUCUGGGCUAGAUCCUGCUUUGAACCAGGACAGCCUAGAAUUAGUGUGCUGGUACUUGUCUGUCUGGGGUCUCCAGGCGCUGUGUCCACUUAGCAACUCAGAGCGUCAUGCAUCCUGGUCUGUGCUGAGCCUGAGGUCGCCUUGCUCCUUUGUACACUCUAGUUCUGGCUGCUCCCCUUAGGGGCUCACUUCCUGCUGGCCACACUUCCUUAGCUUCGGCUCCUUCCUCUCUUGGUUUUCUCUGGGCUUUAGGGUCUCAGCACAGCUCACUGCUCCUGCCCCACUCAAGACACCGCAGUAGCAGCACCUGCUCAGAUGAGACCGUGGGGACAAUGCCACCAAGACCAUCGUUCUCAAUGACACUGAUCACUUACUCUGGGGGAAAGCAAGCCUUGUGAGCAGCCUUAUGGAGAGGCCCACAUGAUUAGGAAAUGAAGUUUCCAGCCAACAGCCAACAAGAAACUGAGGCCUGUCAACAGACAUGUGUGUGUCCUUGAAAUGGAUCCUGAGCCUUCAGUGACUACAGCCCUGGCUGACAGCUUGACUGUAACUUCAUGAGCGACUCUGAGCCAGAACCCCCAACAUCAGUGUGCCCAGAAUAAAAACCAACCAAUGAACCAACCAACCAAACAGAAGUUACCCAAGAAGAAAAGUGGGACUCAAUCUACAGAAUCAGAGCACCUUGGGUCUUGGCUGCUGAAACACAAAACAAAUUUCCAGUGGAAAGGAAGCCAUAACCUAGAUUGUUAGACGGAUUUCAGUGUCAACCCUGAAUAAAAUCUUGGCUUUACUACAUUUUAGUUUUGUGACCAUAGAUUUGUAACUGCUCUACAAUGAAUUUGUGAAACGGCUGGACAAGAUUAAAGCUUCAAGCUUUGCCCUGGAAGAGAACAGAUCUAUUGGUCUGUGCUGGAGACAGACCCCAAAUACCUCUGUGCUGCAGCGAGAAGCAGAGUACUGGUCCAGUCCACUGGGUGACUGAGGGACUAGGAACCCAAGAAGAGGGAGGAAAGUUAUGGUCCUGCAAAGCCUGGGAAGAUGCUGCUGUGUGUCACCCUGGCAUCUAGGUGGAUGAUUCAGGCCGGGAAGCUCUUCAGUCAGCUGAAUGACAAAAAGGACCUGGUCACACCUGUGACUUAGCUUCGUGCCUCAGUUACAGGUAUCUGACGCUUUAACAUGUUGCAUCUCAGGCUCACUUCUACCAGAGGAAAAAGAGAAGGAUAUGAUGGGAUUUGGAAAAUCAACCCAAGUAUACUGAAGAAGAAGAGUUACAACUGCACUUAAAUAGAGCUUUCAUACCCAGGGAUUAGCAUUUAUGUGAGAUAAUAUUGGAUUUGUUCUUAUGGAAAACCCAAGUUGGCUUGGGUACUGUGGGCAUUGGAUAUAGACUUCUUCCAUAGCAAGACAACUCCACUACAUUUACUGAGUGCUACUGUGGGCAGUAUUCUCAUGCAGACUCUCAACCAACUAUUAAUCAGAUAAAAUAUUGGUUAGUUUCAAAGAUCCAUUGAAAUUAGGGAUAUAAAGGAAGAUAUGGCUUUAUACCACUAAGCAAGUAUUAUUGAUUGCCUACUGUGUACCAAGAACUGUAGUAUUACCUUACAUUCUUGAUUAUAAAUAAGCAAACUGAAGCUCAGAGAGGUUAAGAUUAUUUGUUUAAAGCCGGAGUUUGUAGUCAGGUCUAACUCCCAAGGCUGAGUUUUCCUUUCCAUCCUAUUGCCUCUCAUGGGGAUGAAACCAGUAUUUCCUGUCCUGAUAGGAUCCUUCUCCCUUUCACUGCACUGGGGGUGAAGCUAUGAUCUGGGAAGGAGUGUCACCCACAGCUACAUGGGAUGGAGGCGGAAGAGCUCAGACCUCAGCAAUGGCCAAAAUACCCUAUGAAUGGGAAUUUUAGUUCCCUGACUUACAGGAAUUUUGAGAGAACUGGCACCCGUAUUGCAAGAAGUACCUUGAGGUUUUCAGACGAAAGGCUCUAGGUAGAGCGGUUUGGCUGGGCCCACCUGUCUCUGUUCCACCACAAUGGAUACAGCAGUUUUGAAGUGGGACUAUUUACCCGGUGCAGAGAGGGACACCCCACCAGAGAGAACAUCACCAGGUCUCCCUGUACAGUUCUCCCUGAAUGUCUUCUUUAGCAAGGUGCCCAGGUGGAGCUGCUGGUGGUACAGCCCUGUGCCUUGAGACAGAAGGGCAGCCUCCCUGGAGAGCAUUCCAGUGGGUCCCCAAAUCUGACAUAUCAAGAUUAAGACCUGAGGAUUUGGAGCAGAGUGACAAGAAAGGGUAGCAUCCAAUCUAGCAGACAGACAAAAACUCCAAAGAGCCGUACAAAAUGAAAGAAGGAAGCAGGAACAAGGAAGUUAUACUCGGCAAAAGAUCAAACUUGAGGUGACUGAGCUGAGACAGGAGUCCCCCUGCCAAGGUAGGAGCCACAUAUUCGGGGCCUUUGGUCCAGGAUCACGAUGAGAAAGGAUACAUGUAAUUGCAUUUAGAGCCCACCUGGAUAAUCCAAGAUAAGUGCUUCUUCUCAAGAUCUUGAAUUUAAUCACAUCUUUUGCCAUAAAAGUUCCACAAAUGAACUAUCAUUUCUAAUAUGGAUUUGCUAAAGACAUAAAGAUCACCAUUACAAGUGAGUUAUACAGACUGCUGUGUGGAUUUUGAAUGGCCAGUGUCUAAUGAUCAGAAAACUCUGUAGAGAUUCUUGGCAUGUGGCAAUGGCAUCUUCAACCAGUAUCUACGUGGCUUUGGGAAAAGUUAACUUGAGGAUCAGUUUUACUUCUUACUAUAAGGUGCUUUACAAGUCCUUUUCGUAUGCCUUUCAUUCUCACAACAAGUGAGCUUAAGAAUUAUCAUCGUCAUCACCGUCAUCAUUAUCAUCAGUGCUGCCAACGAGGAAACUGAGACUCAGAAAGCAAGUGACUUACGGAGAGCCUCCCAAAUAGGAAAUGACCAAGUCAGAGCUCAAACCCAGAUCAUCUUACUUCAAAUAAUUCACAGAUGUACUCUACAAAUACCCAGCACGGUGCCUGGUGUUGGGCGCCCAAAGAGACCUGGAUGCUUUUUGCCAUUCUGAUGGUAAAUGAUGAGACAGGCAACCAUGGAUUUCAGCACUCCAUCUGUGUUUGAUCAGCAAAAAGGUGAUUCAUCUGAAGAAGUUGACCUGACCAUGGUUUAUCAGGCAGCAUCUAACGGAGAUGUCAAUGCUUUGACUGCCGUGAUUCGGGAAGACCCUUCCAUCCUAGAAUGCUGUGACGGUGAAGGAUGUACACCCUUAAUGCAUGCGGUUUCUGGACGUCAAGUGGACACAGUGAAGCUGCUGUUGAAGAUGGGAGCCAAUAUUAACAUGCAGGAUGCUUAUGGCCGCACAAGUCUAUGCCUGGCAACCUAUCUGGGUUGGCUGGAAGGCUGUGUGAGUCUACUAAGAAAUGGUGCCAAGCACAAUAUCCCUGAUAAAAAUGGCCGUCUGCCACUGCACGCUGCCACCGCUGAGCCCGAUGUGAGGCUCCUAACAGUCCUGCUACAACAGUCAAGCCUCAACGAGAUUAAUCAGCAGGACAGUGAGGGAAUGACACCACUCCACUGGGCAACUUUCCACAACCGGCCUCAACACACCCAAAUGCUGCUGAAGAAGGGGGCAGACCCCACCCUUGUGGAUAAAGACUUUAAAACGGCUCUCCACUGGGCUGUGCAGAGUGGAAAUAGAAUUCUGUGUUCCAUCAUUCUGAGCCAUCACCAGGGUCCAUCCAUAAUCAACUACGACGAUGAGAGUGGGAAGACGUGUGUGCACAUCGCUGCAGCAGCAGGUUUCAGUGACAUCAUCAACGAGCUGGCAAGAUUCCCUGAGUGCAACCUGCAGGCUCUGGAUGUGGACGACAGGACACCUCUGCACUGGGCUGCAGCUGCAGGAAAGGCAGACUGUGUGCAGUCACUGCUGGAGCUGGGCAUAGACAGCAACCUGCGAGACAUCAGUGAGAGCACACCCCUGGCCUAUGCCCUGUACUGCGGUCACACGGCCUGUGUCAAGCUCCUCUCCGAAGAGAGCAGAACAGAGCCUACUCGACCCCUUCCUUCCCAGAAGAGUAGACCCCAGAAGAAGGAGGGACGAUUCAGCAUGCUCAAUCAAAUCUUCUGCAGGAACAAAAAAGAAGAGCAGAGGGCCUAUCAGAAAGAUCACUGCAGGGACUGGCACAGGGCGGAGCCCACCUCGGAAGUUGAUGACAUCAUCACCACCUUUGACAGCAACAUGGAUACCAACUGCCAAGAACAGCCUGGUGAUCAGGUGGCUAUGGUUGACUUUAAGAAGAGGACCUCAGAGAAUUCAAAAUAUCACUUGCCAGAAAAGAAGCCUCUGGCCCAUAAAGGACUUCCGCCAAUCAGAACGCAGAGUCUCCCACCCAUCACCCUAGGCCAUAACUUCCUGACAGCCCCCCAGGGGGCCACUUCCCAUGCUGGCCUGAGCUCUGGUACUCAUCAUGCUGCCCAGAAAUCUCAGAAAAGCCGAAGUGAGCAGGAUUUAUUGAAUAACAGAACUGGCUGCCAGGUAUUGCUAGAUAACCAGGUGUUCUAUAAAGCUUGGACUGUGUCUUCUUCUGAUAAGCUGCUAGACAGGUUGCUUACCAGCAGAUCCAGUCACCAGGAGGUGUCGGGGCCGCCACAUCUUCCUCAUCUACAUAAUCCUUCAUCAGGACAAAAUUUUCAGCAUCUCUCCCCAAACAGACCUAAAAUCUGGGAUCUUCCUUUCACCCGGAACAACCUGGCUCCCCUACCAGACCAAAAAUUUCUAUCUGGAGAACCUCUAUGGACAAACCGAGUGCUUCCUGCUAUUCCAAGCCAGCGGGGACACAGCCCACCAGCUGAAGAGAGUGAAAACUCUGCCAGUUCCACCAAUGAUGAAAAUUAAUCAGUGACUGUGGGUCACUGAUUGUAAAAAUAUAGAUUAUAUAUAUUUUCAACUGUCAAAGGAUAAGAUCACUUUGUAAGAACAAAGACUAAUUUAGUAAAUUGCAUUCUAUAAGCCAUUCAUGGUUUUACAACUCAAAAUUCUUUGUUCCAAAUAUGCACUUAGAAUCUUUGUGCAUAUAUUGUGAGUUUCCAUGACCUCUACAUGCCAAAAUAAAAAGUCACAACCUGUUAUCAUCAGGGAAACUUAGCUGUGUUUGGUGGCAUGUUUGCUGGUUUUUUUGAAUGAUUUUAUGUUUUUAAAAAAUGUAUGCUUUGCUGAAUAAA